UCAAUUCAGAUCUGAAAAAGAGAAGAAAAGAGAAACACCUCCUGAGAACAUGACUAGACGUGUGUUUCUGGUCCUGGGCUUCAUCCUGAUCGUGACGUUCUACUCUGAUGCUGCACCUGUCGCUGUCGCACCACCUACAGACUGCUGUUUCAGGUUUUUCAUCGGAAAAAUUCCUCGUCAUCAAGUCCUGAGGGUGAAGCGGACAGACAUGCGCUGUCCACAGCAAGGCUACGUUGUCACUACUCCUAAAUUCCCUAACCUGUGUGUACGUGAAAUCAUCGUCAAACAUAAACCUGCACCUUAAUGCUGUGACACACACACACACACACACACACACACACACACACACACACACACACACACACACACACACACACACACACACACACACACAAUGCAAAGUUAUUGAUGCUUAAAUAAAGUUAUAAACUCAUGACUCAUUAAUAGAACAUCUUUGAGAACGACACUAGUGACAACAUAUUGUAUCAUCUCUGGGUUUCGGUGCCCCUGAAAAAAAAGAAACGAAAAAAGAAUUGAAAAAAAAGAAGGAAAUGUGGUUGGUACACUGUUUCUGACUCAGUAGUGCCAGCUAAGCUUAAAUGUGGUUUAUAACUGUGCACUGUGAUCAAAGCAGAAUUGCACACACACACACACACACACACACACACACACACACACACACACACACACACACACACACACACAGUAACAUGUUCCGAUAGUGACAUAAGCAUUUACAUAGUUGCUUUCAUUCAGACUGACAUUUUCGUGGCCUUGUUCUGGCUUUGAAUUUCUUGAAUUUCUAUUAGAUUUUUAUUCUGAUUAAACUUUUAAAUGAAA